AUGGGAGAACAUCAGAAACAAAAUCCUCGCAUGAGCCACUGUCCUAAACUGCCGCGCAUACAAGUUCCUUCCACUGAAUGGGGCUCAUUCUUAAUGAAGGGUUUGAAGAAGGGACAGAGGUGCUACUUUUACAGCAUUUUGAGCAUCUAUGACAGCCAAGGGCCAAGGGAAGCGCUGUCCCGUCGGUAUAUGAUCAAUCUUCAGCGCCAGAAUGUGCUGGGGCUCAUCACAAAGCGGCAAGUUGAAUAUUAUGCUUCCUACAUAAAAGAUUCAAAAUCCUACAGAAGGUCAAAGCUAGGAGGAACAUCUUCCUUGAAGGCAGACUGCAGGAGAGCACAGCUGCAUUUCUGUAAUUAA